AUGCCACUUAAAGGAAAUCAAAUUCACGUAACCAAUAUUUAGAGUUUGGCUAAAAAUGAUGAAGUAGAAUUGCUGCUAUCCAGUAUUGGACCCUUAGUAGAAUGGACACCAAAGUACUGAAAAUUAAAUAAAUUACAUAUAGAAGAGAGGGUGAAGUCAAAUUCUCAUGUACAGCUGAGUAUUAUGAUCAAUUUACAGCUAAUAUUGCAGUAGAAACAUUAAAUGGAUAUAAAUUUUAAGGAAGAGAAUUAAAAGUCAAAUUGUAUACAAAUCUAAGCACAUACAAAAUAUGUAUGAUUUCUUUAUUAUAUGUUUUUUUAUUACAGUACCUUAUGCUAUUGAGAAAGUGAAUUAUAAAACAUCAAAUACUUAUAAUAUGAGUUUACCUUUAGAAGAAUUCUAUGCUAGUCUUACAACCACUAAAAAAUUGGCUAUUUUCUUAGAUUUAAAACAAACAUUUUCAAAUAGAGAGGAUUUUUUAGAGAAACUUCUCACAGAGAAUCCGAGUAUGAGUGAAUUCAUUCUCAAAAUUCAAAAAGAUGUGAUCAAAGAAUUUAAAGCAAGUAAUCAUAAUUAUUGACAUAUAAGAUAAUAUUAAUAGAGAUGACAUUUCACAUAAUAAUCACUAUCAAAAAUAACAGGUAUUUUUUAAUUUAUUUUUAGAAUCACCAAAAAUUUUAAUGA